GCUAUUAGUCCCACCUUGAGCACGAUAGGUUAAGCACCCCAGGAAUGCGGAAAUAUCCUGCAAAUUCUCAGGGAGAUUACUGUAUUUCUACCCUGUACUAUUAUAUGUCCAGAGCAGAUUUUCUGGAGCACUGAAUUACAGACUGUUACGUGAUUUUAUUCUGCAACGAGGGAAGUACAUUAGCCAUGAAGAAUACAGUGCUAAUUCACUAUAGUAGCCCUUGUUUACAUCGGUGUGUGCAGUCAGCAGUGAGCUUGCAUUGUCACCGUUCUCUAGUAAGGUCACUAAACUUGCCCAGAUCUGCAUACUUGCAUGUGUAUAAUCAUUUGAGGAACCUUCUCUUGGUCCAUAUAUAUUAACAACAAUACAUAUAUUAUCAAAGUCAAUUUGUUAAAUCUAGAUAGAAUGAGUUCCUUUAGCAAGUUGCUAAUUUUACAACUGAAUCAGGACGUGCAGUAAUAUGAGAGGCUGCUGAGUUAGUGAACUUAGGCCUCAGAACAUACAGCAGGACUGUGGAUUAAAUGGCUUUUAAAAGCUAUAGCAGAUGGCAAAAGCACUAAGCAUAUGCUUCUGUUUACGUUCACAAGCAGAUGAGGGGCAAUAAUUACCGGUGCACGCUGCACAGGGUCUUGUGAGUAAUGCACAUAUUAACCCCUUCUGGCCUCAUCAGCUGCGCUGUAGGCCACUCCAGCAGUUGGCAGGUUAAGUGACCCCCCUUGCUUCUGGAUGCAGAGCUGAUUUCCCUCCCUCACAAGAUUAUCCUCCAUUUCUCUGCAGCCAGAGCAGGGAAGAACCCAUAGCCCUGAGAGUGUGUAAUGACAGCACAGAGGGGAUUGCUCUGCUUUCGCUGCAUACAGAUGAGUGUGUGCACAGGUCUCCUGAACACAUAUCUCUGCUUGCUGUGGCUUGCUCAUUGGGUGGGGAUCACACAGCAAUACAGAUACUGGAGGGAAGAGAAACAAACCGCAGGACGACUCCCUGAUCCCAAGGAAGAUAGCUUGCUCACCUGUUACAUCUGAGCUAAGUGAAGAACACAGAGAUGGCAGUGCCUGGUGCCCUGGCUCAGAGAGUAUAAGCCGUACACCAGGGGAAGGAGAGAGAGACAGCCAACAUGGAGCACAAAACGGAUUUCACCUUACAGAAGGCGUUACUGCAGCCUGUGAAAAUGUGCAUAUUGGACAUGUGUGUGCAGGACCAGGAUAGCUCCACGCAGGAGAUUGGAGAAGAGGUGGAUGAGGGAGUUAUCUACAGCAUUUCCCUCCGCAAAGUGCAGCUCCACCACACAGCCAACAAGGGCCAGAGAUGGCUGGGGGUAAGCAGGGUACCGUCUCCCAUGGGCACUGCGGAAGGCGGGCUCUCCGGACCCCGGGACAUCACGUUUGAGAACGAGUCAGCUCUGAGCCUGUAUGAGACAUGCAAGGUGCGAACCAUAAAAGCCGGAACUCUAGAAAAGCUGGUGGAAUACCUGGUGUCUGCCUUCAAAGGAAACGACUCCACUUACGUCACCAUCUUCUUGUGCACGUAUCGCGCCUUCGCCACCACCAAGCAAGUGCUGGACCUGCUGCUGAACAGGUUCGGGCGCCUUCAUCCUCAGCUGAAUGGAGAGCACUCCCAUAACAGCAUCGAUGAUCAGUUGGAACUGAAAAACACCAUCUCCUCCAUUCUCGGGGCAUGGCUGGAUCAGUACUCGGAGGAUUUCCGCCAUGCACCAGACUACACCUGUCUGAAGCAGCUCAUCAGUUAUGUACGCCACAACAUCCCCGGCUCAGACAUGGAGCGCAGAGCUCGCAAUCUCUUGGCGCAGUUUCAGCGGCAGCAGCUUAACGAAUUAGAUCAGGAUGUUGACCACACAAGCUGCACGUUCCGUUUGCUGGACGACAGCUCGCUAUGGGAAGGCAAGCCAGACUUCUUGUCGUUCCGUCAGGAUAUGGUAGCCGAACAGUUUACAGUAAUGGAUGCUGACCUAUUUAAAAAGGUUGUGCCUUACCACUGCCUCGGGUGCAUCUGGUCCCAGCGGGACAAAAAGGGAAAGGAGCAUUUGGCACCAACCAUUCGAGCCACUGUCUCCCAGUUCAACAGCGUCACCAACUGCGUCAUAUCCUCAUGUCUAAGUGACCGCUCUCUAAAGCCCCAGCACAGAGCUAAAGUGGUGGAGCGCUGGAUAGACGUGGCAAGGGAAUGUCGUAUGCUUAAAAACUUCUCAUCGCUACGCGCCAUCUUGUCUGCUCUGCAAUGUAAUGCCGUGCAUCGGUUAAAGAAAACGUGGGAUGAAGUGUCCAGGGAAAGUUUCAGGAUAUUUAUGGAGCUUUCUGAAAUCUUUUCAGAUGAGAAUAACCAUUCGUUAAGCCGGGAGUUGCUAAUUAAGGAGGGGACAUCUAAAUUUGCCACACUGGAUAUCAACCCCAAAAGAGCACAGAAACGACAGCAGCAACAGAGAGAGUUGGGAGUGAUGCAGGGUACAAUUCCCUAUCUGGGCACUUUCCUAACGGAUCUGGUGAUGCUGGAUACAGCCAUGAAAGAUUACUUAGAGGGCGGGCUUAUCAACUUUGAGAAAAGGCGGAAGGAGUUUGAAGUCAUAGCGCAGAUAAAACUGUUACAAUCUGCCUGUAACAACUACAGCUUCAUCCCCGAGGACUCAUUUGUUGAGUGGUUUCACAGUGUAGAGCGUCUCACUGAGGCUGAGAGUUACAGCCUGUCCUGCGAGAUUGAACCUUUGUCGGAAUCUGCCAGCAACACCCUGAAAGCCAAAAAAAACACUGGCAUCAUCAAGAGAUGGAGCGAUAGGCAACCUGCAAGCUCUGAGCCCAGUCCGAGUGUCAGCUCCCACUCUAAGUCCUUCGACCAGCUGAAAUGCAGCCCCCACCUGUGCGGAGGGGACACAGCCGACUCUCUCAGCGUCACCUCGGCCGGGUCCAGCAGUUCAGACGUGGAGGAGAUCAACAUCAGCUUCGUCCCAGAAUCUCCGGACUGCCUAGAGAAGAAGGUACGAGCAGGACCCUCGCCAGCAACGCCGGCACAGCCCACAGAACGCUGCGUUCCGGAGGGGUUCUGGGAGUCAUCCUCUCUCUCGUCCCUGGACACAUCAGGAAUUGGCUCAGGUUCCAGCAGUGCCUCCUCCUCCUCAGUAUCCUCCACGCCAGUCUCUGCCUCUCGGACGCACAAGCGCUCUGUCUCCGGCAUCUCCAGCUACUCCUCGCUGUCUCUUCCUCUCUACAACCAGCAAAUCGAUGAUUGCUGCAUCAUCCGGGUCAGCCUAGACGUAGACAAUGGCAACUUGUACAAGAGUAUCUUGGUGACAAGCCAGGACAAAACCCCUGUGGUGAUUCGGAAAGCCAUGGCCAAACACAACUUAGAUGGGGAACGAGCUGAGGAUUAUGAACUUGUUCAGAUCAUUUCAGAAGAAAGAGAACUGAAGAUUCCAGACAAUGCCAAUGUGUUUUAUGCUAUGAACUCUGGAGCCAAUUAUGACUUUAUAUUAAAGAAACGUGGCUUCUCUAAAGGUGUUAAGGUUAAGCAUGGCUCUAGCUCCACACUGCCCCGCAUGAAACAGAAAGGACUCAAAAUUGCCAAAGGCAUUUUCUGACAUGCACGGAGGAGCUCACAACGCCUCACUAUAUCCCAACAUGGACAACAGAGGGACUCCAAGAAAGCACUUAUAGUUCCACUCUGGACAAGAUACAACUUGUUAUGCCAUCUAUUCUUGUUUCAUCUGUGAAGAAACAGGAAGCCAAAGGAUGUAACAGCAAUGGCCGCCAGUCUUCUAAGUGGAAUUAGAUACUCUGGUUGGGUUGCGGUAGGCAAGGCAACACUCCAGAUGCAGAAUUUGCCUUCUUCAUACCUUAGGUGCCUUCAAAAGAAGGGGAACUAAAAAGAGACUUUUAGAAAUAACGGUGACCAUCGCUUGCCAUUGUCGGAGCUCCAGUAUUAAUGAAGGAUUUGGAUUCUAGAGGACAACACAAUAUUGGAUUUGUGCUCUUAAGUCUGUGAGAACUCGGUAGAACAAAAUAAUCUGUCUCUCCUUCUUUAGGAGGAAAACAGAUUUAUUUGGCUAUAGGGAGUCCUGAAAUAAAGGUCUCCCGCUUAAGCCAUCCUCCCUUAAAGGGACUGUACUGUAAACGUGAACAUCACUUCUUUGUGGAUUACAAUACUACGCUGGGAUUUUUACAAUGAAGACUCUAAGCACUUUUUUAUACUCUAACAGGAGGUGUUCUCCAAGCCCCCAAUCUUUUACUCUGUGCUGUGGACUCUUCUCACCACUGCAGGGGUGAUUAUAUAAGCCAGGCUUAAGUAGCCAAAUAUUGGGGAGCAAGUUGGAAUUUAGGGAGUCAUUCUCAGACUUUUUUUUUUUUUUUUUUAAUCCCUUUUCCACUCCCUCAACCGAUCCAGCAUUUCAAACUGCACCAAAGAUCAAACGCCAGAAAAUUACACAGGAACAUUAUUUAAUAUCCUUGUUUUUAUUUGGAAUCAAAACCGGAGAAUGAAUAACUAACUUUCAAAAACAUAAUGUGCCAGAAUCCAUGAUAUUGAUUUGAAAUAAGUGGCAGAAAUUCUGGCAGGUUUAAAUCAUUUAAGUAGAAAUUGUAUUUUUUUUAUUUGUAAAUAUUCAAACCAUUUUAUUUUUCCUGUAAAAAAAAAUGGGGCCAAAUUUUUUUUUUUUAUUAUUCUCCGACAGUGGCUGUGAGCACAGACUGUGGAGUGGAUCAGAGUUGUACAAAUGUAUUUUGUAAAUGAGUUUUUAUUAACUUUUUUUUUCAUUUAUAAAUAUUUAUUGGUUGUAUAUAGAUGUUAGACACAUUAUUCAUUUGCUACACUAUAUUCAUUUCAUUUUUCGCUUACUGUAAAUAUUCUUCGUUUGUGUGAAUACAUUUCACCCCCCCCCCCCAUGUAGCUGACCAUAACACAUUAACCAGUUUAGUGCAGAGAAGGGUAAUCAUGACACAUUGUUACUAUUGUCUGCAGCACUGAAAGGGUUAGGCCUUAAUUUUUCUUUUAAAGUUUAGUAGCAGAAGGGUUGAUGACUAUGAAUAUAAACAAUGGGCCUUUUGUGCGUAUCUAUGUGUUUAGUUGUUUUGACGCCGAUAUCUCUUAUUUUCUAGUUACAAAACAAAAACACAUGAUCUGAGGUUAAUUGAUGUAAAAUCUUCCUUUAUUGCUGCGAAAUGUCAUCAAACAUUAGCCGUUUAUAUAUACAACAUAUCUAAAUAUCUGUGCCAUGUCUGACCAACUGGAAUACGUAUAGCUUAUGGUGAAGCGACCACCCCAAGGUGACUCCCGGUGCAGAUUAACUCAGGCGCAUAAUGAUAUGGGGUGCUCGCUUCUACACUGUUCUAAUGACAGCAUUAUUUGUCUUUCAGUGGGUAGCCACAAUUUGACCUUAAAGCUGUGUCACAUAAUGAAAUUGACCAACAAAGGGUCACUCUGGGGCUGAGCCAGUAUGUUGGGAAUGUGUGAUCAUGGGAAGGUACCUCCUUCAUUCUAGUAUCUCAAGUACCAUAUAUAUAUAUAUAUAUAUAUAUCUCAUCCACAAAAUGAAGGGGUAUGGCACUAUACAAAAGGACCAACAGUAGCCUGUGUUUACUAAUGAAUGGUUCAGUGCAAUGCUCCAUAUAAAAAACCCUCUGUAAAGUUCUCUUUUAGACAGACAGAGAAUAUGUUUAAAGGGACACUGAACACAAGUUUUUUUUCUAUCGUGAUUCCGAUAGAGCAUGCAAUUUUAAGCAACUUUCUAAUUUACUCCUAUUAUCAAAUUCUUUUCAUUCUCUUGGUAUCUUUAUUUGAAAUGCAAGAAUGUAAGUUUAGAUGACAGCCCAUUUUUGGUGAACACACUGUGUUGUUCUUGCCGAUUGGUGGGUAAAUUCAUCCACCAAUAAACAAGUGCUUUCCAUGGUCUGAACAAAAAAAAUAGCUUAUAUGCCUUCUUUUUCAAAUAAAGAAAGUAAGAGAAUGAAGAAAAAUUGAUAAUAGGAGUAAAUUAGAAAGUUGUUUAAAAUUGCAUGCUCUAUCUGAAUCACAAUAUCUGAAAGAAACAAUUUGGGUUCAGUGUCCCUUUAAGCUCUGUUUUGUAACCCAUAAAAUUCACUACUUUACUUGCAUCUGAUCCACCUUAUGCAUCUGAUGAUAACAGUAUGUAAGGAUUUUGUUGCUGGACUACACGUCCCAGAAUGCCAAGUGUUUUGCUUUAAACCUCUUGCGCCUUAAUACUGCUGCUUCCUCCCCGUCACACUUUCUGAGGCAGGAGACUGAAGCAAUAGGUUUCAUGGAACACUAUUCUUCCUUUGGAAAGUAAGGGGAGAAAAUAACACCGUUUACACACAAUCUUUCAACCUGCCAUAAUAUGGAGAUUAUAUCCCUUCUGAGAAGUGCCAAUCAGCACCACUUAGUGCAUUGUGGGACAUGCAGCUACAUAAAAGGGUCUUUUAUGGGGUAUCAGACUGAAGGUGGAGCGUUGCUGCAUUCUGUAUAGUGACAACUGUCCAGUGGGUCUGUUAUGACAAAGGCAGAGCUAAGCAUCACUACUAGCACACAGACAACAAGGGGCUAUGUUAUGUAAUGGCAAGAGGUGAUCUCUGACUGCACUGCUCAUGACUGGUGAAAUAACAGCUCUGGUGUGCUUGAGGCCGAGUAAAAACGUGUUUGUGCACAUCAUAAACACUGCUUGGCAUUGCAUGAAGGCGCCGUAUGGAGCUGCUUGAGGUGUGAGCAGUGGUGCUGGGAGCUAUAAAACAACUGUCAUUACAUCACAGCCUGCCCAAGUGCUGACCCUUUGCCAUUAUAAGAAUUUACCCAGUAGCCACUCACUUGCAUGGUUAUCAAGUUCCCCAGUACUAAGAAUAUCAGAUAGUGCCAUGUUUUAUUUCUCAUCUGUUAGUAUUUAAACAUUUCCUUUGUGCGGCUAAAGCCAAUUCAGAUGCCAAUAAAAUAGGGGCGAUGUCCAUAAUACCGCUUAAAUUCCACACCAAUUUUAAGUAGCUUCAUCAUAUAAUAAAUACUGUUAAACUAAGUGGGCACCCUUCGCACAAAAUCACAUGCCCAGCGAUUAUUAAGUCUUUGGCUGUCGUCCUCAAUUCACGAAAGAGCAAGUUUUUUAUUCUACUUAGUCUCCUCCGGUUCCUUGGUUACUUUCUGCAACCAGAUGUUGGUGCGAAUUGAUUUAUUGUAUGAAUAGGUAGCAAAUAGUAACCAAGGAAUUGGUGUUUUCUCUGAUUGGUGAGAAGCAGCUUGCCACAUACACACAAUCUGCUUAUCCGUAUAAACAUGCCUGAUCAUGUGACGGGUCUACAUACAAAUUACACUACAGAUCUCGUACCCUGACUGGAUAAUAGGAGAGUAGAUAUUAAAUAUGAAACAGGUUACCCCAACAGACAGGCUUUGUUAGCCUGUGGUCCAGCACUUUCCAGCUAUUUCCACCCCCUAGCCAGGCCCAGAACUACAUUAAACUGGAUGUGCUACCCACAUAUUGCUAUAAACACUAACACAGGCAGCAUCUCAUUCACCCAGCUGUCCUUCAUUGACAUCUUUUUCUUCGAAGUGCAAUGAUUUUAUGUAAAGGCCCGUGCGUGUGCGUGAGCGUAUGUGCACUCUGUGGUGCAAUGUUUACACUUGUUACUCCAUGUCUGGCUGAGUGAUUUGUCUUUUUGUUACUUGUUUAAGAUGAAGGAGACUGUUUUUAAAGUGCUCAAUGUAAACAAGAAAUGUACAUUAGUAUUUGCAAUAAAUAGCAACACUCCAAAACUGUG